AUGCGGGACGUGAAUAGCUUGCUGGUAAGCAGGAAACUUGCGCGGACGCUGGUGUGCUGGAGUCACGUCAACGGCUUCUGUUCAAGCGGGGGACGUAUCGGGUGUCAGAGCCGGAGCGACUUGACUCAGCUUGUACAGCGCCGAAAACUGACAUUUGGUUCCGUGGUGUUGGAAUCGGAGAACCAGAAGAGGUGCCUGAGCUCCAUGCAACGUCGAAGACUAGUGUCACUGGUGAUUUACAGCGAUCCAGACGCGCUCGAUGGGCGUCAUUCGCGAACCCCGAACGAGUUGGACUUCGAUGACGGGACUGCAGCUGCUGCUGCAGAUAUCGGAUCGGAAGCGACAGCAGCAGCAGCAGCCUAUGAUCCUUCCCGUUUCGGUUUUAUAGAGAUUGGAACCAUUGCUGGGCCUCACGGGGUUCGCGGUGAGUGCAAGGUUCGUUUGAAUACUGACUUUGCGAGGGAACGGCUUCCCAAAGAACCUGCACAGCGUUAUAUAAAACUUGCACACCGGGUCUAUCCUCGACCUGUAUGGGUUCAGGAUGGUCGCCCGGCAUCGCAAGCAAACGUAUGGAUUAUUCGGGUUCGCGGCGUCGAAGAUCGUGAUGCGGCAAGCCAACUUCGCGGUGCAUGUCUCUAUGUCCAUGAAAGCGAGCAACGACCGCAGUCACUGGGCGCCGAUGAGUAUAUUAUAACUGAGUGGAUUGGACGACCAGCUAUCUUACGAGAGACUCUUGAAAAGCUUCAGGCGCAAGCGGAUUUCUUAUGGACCAGAGAGUGGGUGUUUAAGCAUUGCCUGGGACGAGUUGCGGGUGUGAUCCUGCGAAAUGAGCAUGGCGGUGCACAUGACGCACUGGAGCUGCUUCUUUUCGAGGGCAACCGGAGUCUCGAGGUUCCCUUUCUAGAAGCGUUUGUACAGGAAAUGGAUAUCGCUGCUCAUGAAGGAGCCGCGGAUGCAGAGACGCAGCCACCAUCGCUUACGAAGCUUGCCGUGCUUGACCUGCCUCCAGGAAUGCUUGAUUUAGCACGACCUCGCGAGCGCAAGAAACGACUGCGUAUUAGAGGCUACUUGCCACCAUGUCGCACUAUCGUGCAUGCAGCAUAG